AUGGCUAAGGCCUAUGGCAGGAUGGAGUGGGCUUUCUUGGAAGGUAUGAUGUUGAGGCUAGGUUUCUUCCGGGAAUGGGUUAAAUUGAUGAUGUUGUGUGUUACCACUGUGCGGUAUACUAUUAUGGUAAAUGAGCAGGCUGGGGGUGUAGUUGUGCCUACUAGGGGGUUAUGGCAAGGUGAUCCACUCUCACCUUAUCUAUUUAUUAUUUGUGUAGAUGGAUUAUCUUUGCUUUUGCAGAAUUCCCAGCAGCAUGGCCUAAUUCAUGGAUGUAGGGUGGCCAGGGGAGCACCUGCGAUCUCUCAUAUGUUUUUCGCAUAUGACAUCUUGCUAUUUUUUAAGGCUAAUGAGCAUGAAGGUGGGAAGAUAAGCCGGUGUUUGAUAGUAUAUGAGGGCUUGUCAGGUCAGGCUAUAAAUUAUCACAAAUCCAGUAUUACUUUCAGUCAUAACACUGCUGGGGGAUAG